UCAAUCUGAUCCAGAUCUAAUAAAAUACCACCUUUUCCGACUCAAAUCAGAAACUAGGGUUUCAUGUUCUCCCCAAAAAUGACCCCUUUCGUUACUUUCGAUCUCCGCCGUACGAUUCUGAUCUCAGCGAUCCUACGGCUGGCGCUCAUCGUCUACGGCGAGUGGCAGGACUCACACAUGGUGGUGAGGUACACCGACAUCGAUUACUCCGUGUUCUCAGAUGCCGCUGACUUAGUAUUGAAGGGGAACUCGCCGUUCGAGAGGUCAACGUAUAGAUACUCCCCUCUGUUGGCUUUUUUGCUCGUUCCUAAUUCAUUGAUCCAUCGAUCUUGGGGAAAAUUCCUUUUCUCUUCUGCUGAUUUGCUCGUGGGGUUCUUUGUCGAUGCCAUCUUGCAGCUACGUGGUGUACCUGAGAACCUGCGGCUUAGGUCUGUGGCAGCUUGGCUUUUCAAUCCAUUUACGUUCACCAUUGGUACUAGAGGGAACUGUGAGCCUCUAGUUUGUGCCACCAUCCUUUGGAUUAUACUUUGUCUUAUGAAUGGCAAGGCUUUCCAAGCAGCAUUUUGGUAUGGACUUAUUGUCCACUUUCGAGUUUACCCAAUCAUAUAUUCUCUCCCUCUUGUCCUAGUUAUUAAUAAGGCAAAUGUUGGACUCUCUGGGAAGCCGGCCCUUCAACAAUGGGGUUCAAGACUGAACAAGUUGACUACAGGUCCAGUGCCAAAACCAUCUGUAUGGUCACUAUUAAGGAGUUGCAUCACGAAGGAGAGAAUAUUAUUUGGGCUAUUGUCUGGGUCUGUGUUUUUCUUCUGGACCUCUCUUUUUUUCUAUCUAUAUGGAUGGGAAUUCCUAAAUGAAGCUCUCUUAUAUCAUCUCACGCGGACCGACCCAAGGCACAAUUUCUCGAUAUAUUUCUACCACAUCUAUCUCCAUCACCAACAUGGAUUCUCAGUUUUGGAGAAGCUCAUCUCUUUCCUGCCUCAGAUGAUGGUUCAGCUUGCACUUGUCUUUCAAUUUUUCGAAGAUGUCCCGCUUUGCUUUUUCGCGCAGACAGUUGCUUUCGUUGCAUUUAACAAGGUUAUCACUGCACAAUACUUCGUGUGGUUCUUCUGCAUGUUGCCCUUGAUUCUUCCUUGGAGCAGCAUGAAACUCAAAAGGAAGGGCUUGCUCUGCGUCCUAGUGUGGAUGGGAUCUCAAGUCCACUGGCUCACGUGGGCUUAUCUACUAGAAUUCAAAGGCCAGAACGUCUUCUUACAGCUGUGGAUUGCAAGUCUAGUUUUCUUAGCUUCGAACACUUGGGUUCUACUCAUGGUUAUUAAGCAUCAUCGUUACUCACCGCUCUUCGAGCCAUUGACAAGUUCGCCUGAUGCUAGAAAACUGAAGUGAUUCUUUUUGUAUCUUUUGAACGUUUGGAGUUGAUCGACACUUGAAUAUGUAACUUAUUUCUUCGUAAAAGGAAUUAGUUUUUUGUUCUAGUAGAUCAUCAGAGUCCUAUACUUCUUCCCAGUAACGCGGGGGUUGCUCUCUUUUUUCCUUAAAAUUGUGACAGUAUCUGAUAAUCGUUCUCAACUUUUAAUAGUUUUGCUUAUGCA